GAGCGCACGGGAAACUUGUCGAGAACACCAUAUUAUUUUUAUUAUUUUUCCCUUUUUUAAAAACUCAGCUGAGAGGAAAUACUCGUCUCAUCAUUUGGAGCAUUUUCUUUUCUUGCAAGAGCAUGACGCAUGCUGUUCAUAUGACUGAUUUUACUUGAGGCUAUAGAGAGAGACACAGCGACAGCGCGACAUGGAGACGUUUACAAUACACGACAUGCUCAUAAAUUCAACUGACCUCAACAAGAUUUUAUGUAAUUUUGGGAUCAAGAACAUUUCGGAGUGCGAGCAGGAGCCUUCGCCCGAACCUAAAGACAUCAACCAGACAGUGCGGAUCGUCCUCUACAGCCUCAUCUUCCUCCUCAGUGUCGUGGGUAACAGCCUCAUCAUCGCCGUCCUGGUGAGGAACAGGCGCAUGAGGACCGUCACCAACCUCUUCCUGCUGUCUCUGGCCAUCAGCGACCUGAUGGUCUCCCUGGUCUGCAUCCCCUUCACCCUCAUCCCCAACCUCAUGAGGGACUUCAUCUUCGGCACCGGCAUGUGCAAGCUGGUCAUGUACUUCAUGGGUGUCUCAGUGAGUGUUUCCACGUUCAACUUGGUGGCCAUCUCCCUGGAGCGCUACAGCGCCAUUUGUAAACCGCUGACCUCCAGGGCGUGGCAGACGAAAUCCCACGCCGCCAAGGUCAUCACUGCCACCUGGGUCAUGUCCUUCAUCCUGAUGCUACCCUACCCAAUUUCUAGCACCCUCAAGCCCUUCACUCGCCACAACAACAGCACCGGGCACAUGUGCCGCACGGCGUGGCCCAACGACAUCAUCCUGCAGGCCUGGUAUGUGUCCCUGUUGUUGCUGCUGUUCCUCAUCCCCGGGAUCAUCAUGAUGACAGCCUAUGGACUCAUCUGCCUGGAGCUGUACCGGGGAAUCACGUUUGAGAUGUCCAGCAGGAAAUCUGACAGAGAAAGACAGUCCAGCACUGGCAGCAUCAAGCCCAGCGACAGUGACGGCUGUUACCUGCAGCCGUCUAAAAAGAAGAGCUUCUCACUGAGCACAGGAAACCCCAGCACCAAGUCCAUGAUGGGCCGUGUGUGCGGCACCAACUCUUCAUCCAACCUGAUGGCCAAGAAGCGCGUGAUCCGCAUGCUCCUGGUCAUUGUCUUCCUCUUCUUCGUGUGCUGGACUCCCAUCUUUGUGGUCAACGCGUGGCAGGCUUUCGACCAGCGCUCGGCCUACCGCCUCACCGGCGCGCCCAUCUCCUUCAUCCACCUGCUGUCCUACACCUCAGCCUGCGUCAAUCCCAUCAUUUACUGCUUCAUGAACAAGCGCUUCCGCCAGGGCAUGCUGGCCACCUUCACCUGCUGCAGCUGCUUGAGGAGGGACGGCGGAGCGAGCAGUGGCUUGGGGAGGUCAACUGGAAGCAGGAUGACUAGAGGGGAAAUGGGCAGAACGAGAGCGGGGCCAAAGACCAAUGAGCAGAAUGGUCAUACCCCGCCAAAUGGAGCCAGCACACGCUUCACCUACACCGGCAUCCGUGCAUCAGCCUGGAGUGAGCUGACUUAAACUGGAUGGAUAUGUGCGAGAGUGUGUGUGUGAGUGUGUGUAAGAGCUCUGGCCUGAGUACAAACACUUGAAGGGAAUCUGCAGUGUGUUGUUUCAACAUAAAGCCCUCACAGUGCUUAUAGGACUAGUUUAUGAGCAGCUUUAGCUCGGAGUGUGACAUGACACAGGUUCUACAUUUAAUGACUGUGGAGCAGAAGAGUACAUUCAGUGCUCUCACAGAGCAGGAUGUUUCCCUAAAGCUCGCGGGGUGGCUGACUGAUGCCUGAUCAUGUAAAACCUUGAAGGACCUAAAGUCUGACAUAGGAAGACUUUGAGUGUUUCUAUGAAGCAGAAACCCAAUUAACGUAGUUUACUACCAUCUUAAAACACAUUACAGCGGCCAAAUAGUCUCUCCAUACCUUUCGAUGUUUUGCACCAGAUGAGACAUUUCCAAAACCACAAUCUUUUUUUAUAUUAAAGGGUUAAUUGCAAGCAGACAACCAAUUACCAAAAGAAAAAGAGUACAGUAAAUAUAUUUACUAAAUAUAUAUACGUGCAGAUGCAGAGAGUAUUGUAGGUUCACAGCUGUGGAACAGCAUGACUUCAGACCUUCUUUCCUCAUUACCCUUAUUUAACAAGUGCGUACCCUAUAAAGUUCUCUACAUCACGAAAAAGGAAUGUGUAACAAAGGUAUACAUUAUCAAACUGGGAGGCAUUCCAAUUAAGUUAGUUAGGAGACCAGGCAUCCUUUAGGGGCUCUAUUAAUUUGGCAACACCCAAAAACGUUGCUGCAACUGUCGCACAUACGGAAUUCACUUCGACCACUGCUUCGUAAGUCUGUUCAUUCGUAGGCGAAGUGAGAAGGUAUUUCUUUGCAUUAUGUAUAUUUCAUUAACGAUAUCUGUCCAGCAGCCAAUAUCUUGUGAUGGUUUUCCUACUGGCAGAUAUCAGAACACCGAAGAAGUAUUCGUUAAAGUGUCCAAGUUGAAAGUCAGCUUUCAAAUCAAAUCAAAUCAAAACCAGAGUUGACCAGGGUGAUGUACAGUAAAAUAAAAUAAGUAAAAUAACAUGGUAACAGCAAAACACCAGAGAAAUAACAAACCCAAAAACAUUCGCAAGAAAAACGGAAAAAAGGAAAGUAAAGCACAGAAAAGUCUGAAAAUAAAAUAAUGAAAGACUUAAGGACAAUCAAAGGCCUCAGAAAACAUGUGGGUCUUCAGCCUAGAUUUCAAUGUGUCUACAGAGGGGGAGCACUUAUUGGAAAGGGGAAGCUGUUCCAAAGCUUUGGGCCGACUACUGCGAAUGUACCACCAGCCUUCACCACUCAUCGGUCGCCCAGCUUUUCCUAAAAUAAAAGUAUUAAAUAAUUAUUUUAAUGGUAGAAAUGCCCUCCAGUAUUUUGUGCAUCUUAGACCAGAACUGUCUUACUACAGGGCACUCCCAAAAUAUAUGCCAGUGAUUUGCAUCCUGGCUCCCGCACAGUCUCCAGCACUUGGGAUCCUCUCAUGUAGCGCGGUAGUGCUUUCUGCUCUGGGGUAUUGAAGAAUCUAAUUAGACAUUUCCAACCAAAUUCUCUUCAACUAGUGCACUUCCAUCGAAAGCUACAAUAACUAUACCAUUCCUCCCUUGAAAUUAAGGUGGAAUGGGAUUUCGUUGACCUAAACCCCUUAUAUAGUCUGGAUAUAAUACCUUUGUUUAAUUCUGACAAGUAGGAUCCUAAAACUACUUUCAGCCCUGGGUCAUCCAGACCUGAAGGGUCAUCCGUUGUCUGCAUUCAUUUCAUCCAUAGUUGGACACGUUACCUGAAGGCUUGCGGAUACAAAUGACACGGAGCAGUACCACCAUAGAUCUUAAAGGCAGUGUAGCAUAGUUCAAGUAAAAUACAACCAUAGGAAAUGAUAAAGAAAUUUGAAUAAUGGCAGAACAAAUUGGUAAU